CUUGAUAUGAUUACAUGAAGGAAAUCUUCCUGCAGUAUAUAAGCAUCUAAAUCAAUGACUGUCUGAAGAGGAUUCAUUAAAAUGCUGAUCUUAUUCCAACUGCUGCUGCUGCUCGGAGCGACGCGAAGCGCAUUCGAUCUGAUCUUUGAGACAAAGACUGCUGAUGUCGGAGAUGAAGUGAAGUUGACGUGCAGCCGCCAGAAGACGGAUGCAUACGGCAGAUUAUUUUGGAUCCGGCUUGUUUCUCAAAAGUUGCCUGAAUUCUUGGGAGGAACAUAUACCCAUAAUUACCCUCGUGUUAAUAAGACUCCUCACUUUACAGUCAAACAAGAGCCUGGAAGCUUUGUUCUGUACAUUAACAAAGCAGAGCCGAGUGAUGCUGGAGGUUACUAUUGCAUAAAACAACAAAAACUUGACAUGAAAUUAUUGAUUGGAACAUUUCUGAAAAUUAAAGGACCAGAACCUGAUAUAACUGCCGUCAUUCAAGUCCCUCCAUCUGACCCGGUCGGUUCAGGAGACUCUGUGACUCUGCAGUGUUCCGUCCUGUCCGGCUCUGACAACCACACAUGUCCAACAUAUGACAAGCUGUACUGGUUCAGAGCUGAUGAAUCUCAUUCCAGUUUAGUUUAUGUUCAUGGCAGUAGUGGUGAUGAAUGCAACAGGAGCCUUGAAGCUCACUCACCCCACAGAUGUGUCUUCAAUUUCUGUAAGAGUUUUAGUUCCUCUGAUUCUGGGACUUAUUACUGCGCUGUGGUCACAUGUGGAGAGAUUUUAUUUGGACAAGGAAUAAAACUGGAAAAUGAAGUGGUCAACAGGUGGGAUCUACAGAAGGCCAAUACAGUUCUGUUUCUGUUAAGUGCUGCAUUGGCUAUAAGUCUGAUUGGAGUUGUCGUCCUGUUCAAGAAGAAAAUGUGUGAUUGUUGCAAAGCUGGAGUUUCUUUACAAACAGAGGCUGCAGCAGUCGGUGGUAAUCCGCCAAGUCAGCAGAGACACGAGGACUCAUUGGUUUAUUCUGCACCGACCUUCAGCAGGAGGAAGGCUGGUAAAACAACCAGGAGAGGAAAUGUAAAACCUGCAGAUGAAGAAACGGUCUACUCUGAUGUCAGAGCUUAUGUGAUAGAUUAACAAUCCAAACAGUCGACUUUCUGAUUAAAUAGCUAUUAUCAUUCAUGGCUUGAAUUUUGUCAUGCGAACAGUCAUUCACAUAAAUGUUACCUCCAAUGUUAUAACAAUAUUUGGAUCGUAUUAAAUAAUAUUUGUAUAAAAUCACAUUUGCAACUGCUUUUGGUGACACCAGAUAGAACUGUGCAAUUACAAUUUCUAAGCAUUUUUCAAGGUCAAUCGUGCUUCUACUCAAACUGGCUUUUGAAAGAUUCAAACUUUCAUACAUUUUCACAUAUGCAAAUUAAAUCUAUGAAUAAAA